GGGCUCCCGGCGUCGUGGUCGCGCUCGCGUGCUCCGUUCCCUGCGGCUGCCCGGACCCUUGGCCAUGUCCUGGUACCGCGCGGCUUCGGUGGGGAGGCGGCUGGUGGCGAGCGGGAGGAUCUUGGCGGGGCGGCGCGGCGCGGCUGGAGCUGCGGGCUCGGGAAUGGGAAACAGCACAUCCUCGUUUUGGGGGAAGUCAGCCACUACUCCUGUGAACCAGAUCCAAGAAACAAUUUCUAAUAAUUGUGUGGUGAUUUUCUCAAAAUCAUCCUGCUCUUACUGUUCAAUGGCCAAGAAGAUUUUCCAUGACAUGAAUGUCAACUAUAAAGUCGUGGAGUUGGAUAUGGUGGAAUAUGGUAGCCAGUUUCAAGAGGCUCUUUACAAGAUGACUGGAGAAAGAACUGUUCCCAGGAUAUUUGUGAAUGGAAUAUUUAUCGGAGGUGCGGCCGACACUCACAGGCUUCACAAAGAAGGGAAAUUGCUGCCUCUGGUUCACCAGUGCUAUUUAAACAAAAGCAAGAGGAAAGACGUCGAAUGACGUGGCUAGUCGCCGUACCAGUAAACGUUAGUGCAGUCAUAACCUUUCACUUGAGGAUGUUUUCAGUGUGUGGAUUGCCCUCAUAAAGAUGAAAAUAAUGAACAAUAAAUUGCCAUGGACCCCUCAUCUUCCGACUGGCCAGUUUUUGAGCACGGGAUGGAAUAUAAAACUGAAGGGGGUGGAGUUACAUCAAAAGUAAAGAAUGCUUAUUAAGACUUUAAGAAUUUUACAGCGAAGAGGAAGUUAAGCACUUAAAAUCUUACUCCCCGUGGUAUUCAGGAAUUAACUUCUCACAGUCACUAAGCUUUCAGCAGCGAGGACUGACAUGUGGUUUCUUUAAAAUUUAACAUGGUACAGAUGUGCAGUAGGUUGGGAUACCCUAUCAUGGCAACCCUUCAUGUUCUAGACCAUCAGACAUAUUAAAUAUAUAGAAUGCGAUGAAGUUUAUAGUUGGGAAAACCAAACUGCCAAUUACUUCAUGGUCAGAAAGCAAAAGGGUUUCAAUGUAGUGAGAAUGAACUUUUUAAACAAUUCAGAAGUGUUAUUUAGUCCUGUCAGUUGGAGUGUUCUACCUUUCAGAAUCUGUAACAGCUAUUGGAAUUUUUUUUCCUUUGGCAGACAGGGUCACUCGGUAGCUCAGGAUGGCCACAAACUCACCUCAGUCCUCCUACCUCAGUCUCUAUGCUUGGAUUGCAUGCUGAGCCACCACGCCCAGCUUGGGAAUGCUUUAGAGAACCAGGUAUUAGGUGGACUUUAGACUAAAGGUCCUUGUUGUCCUCCGAAUGUGCCUCAUCAUAGGCUUCAUGUGUUGGAGACACAUGAUGCAUUAUGAUAUGGUCAGAGGUGAGGCCUUUAUGAAGAAGUUAAUCCUGAGGGCAGAUGGGUUAGUGCUCUUUAGAGGUGGUUCUUGGUAGACGAAUGAGUUUGCCCCCUUACCUCUCAUGCCUGUGUUCUUGCCCUUCUUUCUCUGCAGCGUCCUGAUGCAGCAAGGAAAUCCUCACUAGAUGCUGGCACUUUAACCUCAACAUCCCAACCUAUGAACUAUAAGAAGUCCUUCUCAUCUUCAUAAAUUACUUAGUCUCAGGUAUUCUGUCUGAGUAGCACAGAUAGAUUGUCCCUAAAGUCCCUUCUGUUAUCUUACUAUUUUCUAACUAGGAAGACACUGUUUAAACUGAUUACAUUUCAGAUAAACUUAGCGAACAGGAUUAACUUUUAAGAAGUAUUAUUUGAAAGAAUUGAAAACAUUUUCAAUACUUUACUAAUCUGGUCAUAUUUAUAGCCUCUGGUCAAGAAUAUUUUAAGUGCCUAAGAAGUAAUGCAUUUCCUAGUAGAUUCCGAGAGUCAGGUUGGAAAGAUUAUUAAAUGCUGAGCCUAUCUCAGAAAUAGGAAGAACAUGGACUUCCCGAGUAAGUGCUUCAGCUUUCUGGUCAAGAUGGACUAAGGAAUCAUGGAGAAUUUGGAGGGAGACAGUGGCUUGCUGUCGGUGACAUUUCCUACAUGGACUUCAACUGCAUUUUGAAUACCUUGAUACAGUUGAGAAGUUAAGUUCUCCUGAUAUUUCUUUCUUUUAAGUUGUCAUGUUGGUAGGGAAGGAAAAUGGUGUAUUUCUACUCCUUUAUUUUACAUUUUAUCAUGAAAAUUGUAUAAUUUUGCUAUGCUGUAAAAUUCACAUUAGAGAUUAGAGGAAGUCUGUUAUGCAUAAGAAAGGUAAAAUUGUUACUCUUGUCACUAGUAAUCUUAUUAGGAUAUAAGAUUAGGUUGCUUAAAUGCAUAGCCCACCAACCAAGUAAUAUGGUAUUUGGCUUUGAGGAAUUUUUGUGGUAUUCAGACUCAGACCCAGGGCCUGAAUAUUAGGCAGGCGCCUGACCACUGAACUAUACAACUAAUCCUUAAGAAGGAUGUUCCAACAGCUCUACCUAGGCUUGUGGAAAACAAGAGGAUGUGUAGUACUUAAUUCUUAGGGUCCGAUGUUAAAAUAAUCCAGCUCUUUAAAAAGCCUUAGCAGAAGGCUCAAGAAUAUGGAAGGUAACAGGGUAUCUUGAUUUUCAAUUAUACGUUUAAGGAAUAAAGAAAUAAACUCUUCCAAUGAUUGCCUAAUAGUA